AUGACCUCCAACGGCGUCCACAUCCCCUUCCGCCUUGAUGGCAAGGUUGCGCUUGUCACAGGCUCCGGUCGAGGCAUUGGCGCUGCCAUGGCCACUGAACUUGGUCGUGCUGGUGCCAAAGUCAUCGUGAACUAUGCCAAGUCCAAAGCGUCUGCUGAGGAAGUGGUUUCUGAGAUCAAGAAGCUCGGCUCCGACGCCGUCGCUCUGCAGGGGGAUGUAAGCAAGGUGCCUGAAACAGUCAGGCUCUUCCAGGAAGCAGUUGAGGUCUGGGGUGGCUUGGACAUCGUGUGCUCGAAUGCCGGAGUCGUGUCCUUCGGCCACCUAGAGGAGGUCACUGAAGAAGAGUUUGACCGUGUUUUCACUAUCAACACGCGCGGCCAGUUCUUCGUCGCCCGUGAAGCCUACAAGAACCUGAACGAAGGUGGCCGUAUCAUUCUCAUGAGCUCGAACACGGCCCACGCUUUCGCCGUCCCCCGCCAUUCUGUUUACUCUGGAUCAAAGGGUGCCAUUGAGUCCUUCGUCAAAGUUCUGGCUAUCGACUGUGGCAAGAAGAAGAUCACUGUCAAUGCUGUUGCUCCCGGUGGUACGGUGACCGACAUGUUCCACGACGUUGCACAGCACUACAUCCCAAACGGAGACCAGUUUACACCCCAGCGGUUGCAAGAGAUGGCUGCUCAUGCCUCGCCACUUGUGCGGAACGGCUAUCCGGUAGAUAUUGCCAACACGGUAGUAUUCUUGGCUAGCAAAGAGGGUGAAUGGGUUAAUGGCAAGGUCAUUGGCGUAGAUGGCGGAGCCUAA